AUGGAACAAAGAAAAGCUUAUUUAAAGUCGGUCGUCCCUAGGCCUGUGCACGGACUGCUUACACUAUUGGGAUAUUGCGAUAGAAAACUUUGUCGUUACUUGGACUCAUGGGUAGACAGUGUAGUCAGCCUUUUUAUUCUUGUCUUCUUUAUUUUCACUUUUUGUCUGCUGACAAUGUUUUUAGCAUUUCAGAUUCACAAUGAAAGUAUUCAUUUGGUAUCGCUAACAAGUGAUUUUAUCAAUAAAGCGUUGAACAGUGAAGCAUAUAGUUGGCUUCCUAGAAGGGAACAAGUUGAUGGAAUGUUUAAUGUUUUAGUUACAAAUGCUUAUCAAGCUGGACGAAGUUGGAUAUCCGAUAAGAUCAAUGAACUUUUUGAAGCAGAUCCGAAUUCAAAGGCAAUAUUAAAAGAACAACUUUUAUAUUUGUGGGAGAAUAUUUAUAAUUCUUUUAUCAAUCAGUCAAUGAACACUACAUUGAUGACUAAUCAAUCAGUCAUUAAUAAUCAAACUUUACCGUUCUUGUUGCAUAAUCAUAUAAAUUCCAAUGCAAUUACUCCACGUGGGGUUGGAAGAGUUUCAUUGAAUCGAUUUUUUAUCAAUACUACUCGGAUAUUUAAUCGACACGCUUUAAGUUCAUUGUUUGUGGUUUUCAAACAGAACUUGGGCACAUUUGCAACUAUCACAGAAUCAGUAUGGGGUUUGAUGCGUAGUAAUGUGAAUUUAAUUGCUCAGUUAAUAACAACUUUAUUUUCAUUGAUAAUGAGUGGUGGGCAUGUGGCAAUGAAUUUUAUGAUUGCUUUUCUCAUUUUUUUAACAGUUCUCUAUUAUGUAUUAGCUGCGAGUGGAUCGUGUUAUCUCCCUGUUGCUUUUAUUUCUUCAUUAACACCAACUUUUUCUGGAACUAAUUCAUUAAUUACGCAUUUAUAUUCAACUGUGGAAUCAGCUAUUAGUGGAGUAUUUGUUGCAACAUUAAAAUUGGCUUUAUUUUAUGGUUUAUAUACAUCACUUACUCAUAUUAUAUUUGGAUUAGAUCUUGUAAUAAUUCCAUCGGUAUUGGCUGCUAUAUUAGGCGCUGUCCCAAUUAUAGGCACAUAUUGGGCUGUUCUACCGGGUGCAAUUGAGAUUAUUAUAAUUCGUCAGUCAUUAUCUCAAGCUGGUCUUCUCAUACUUUUCCAUUUGUUGCCAACAUAUGUCGUUGAUAUUUCAGUUUAUAGAGAAAUUAAAGGGGCGGGUCAUCCUUAUUUUACCGGUUUGGCGAUUGCUGGUGGAAUAUACUGUCAAGGUCCUGAAGGUGCCAUAAUUGGUCCUAUUCUACUAUGUUGUUUUUUGGUUGGGAUAAAUAUGUUUCGAUGGGCGAUGGAUUCUAGUAAAAAAGCGUUAGCUGCUGAUCAAUGUGAAUAUAACUCUCACUACUCGCCUCCUACUUCGCCAACUACAGUGCAUACUUAUAAAGCUUGUAUUUCAUCAGUCAUGUCCGAUCGUUUCCACGACGCAAACUCAUUUAGCAAGUAUUCCAACCCAUCUACAAAGUUUCGUAGACCAAUCUUCAAACGAAGACCAAAAUACCGAUUUAAUAAACAUUCAUUUUCUAUGCCAGACAUUUCGGACAUAUCUGACGAAUCAUUUCAAACUCCACAAAUUAAACCUCACACAACAAAGUUGAAUUCGCCUGUAUCAAGUAUACAUUUUGCUGCACAUUCAUCAACUCCUUCACAUACAUAUAUACCUUGA